CAACAACGGUUUGGAGGGUAUGGCGGAUGACGCGGAUAUGGGUUCUCGCUCAGGCGUGAAGAAUCAACGCUCUGAAGGUGAUGACGCAGACAAGCACUUGACCCUCAAUGCGGCCACCCAGCUCGAAGCUGCGGCUCGGCACUUGGAAACCAAGCGUGAUAGCUUGCUCCUCAGCUCGAGUGAGAGUGUAAGCUCCAACUCGGGUGCACGGCCCAUGGGAGAGUAUUUCCGUGAAGGUACCCCUUAUCAAUUAGGUGCCUGCUGCUUGUGAUCCUAUAAACCUCCAGAAGCCUGCUUUCAUAUCUGCUCGUGCAGAACCAUUUGUCUCCUAUCCUAUGUUCUAAGUGACUCAAACUCUGUACCGUCCGCCUAGUAUCCCUCACUCUCUCAUCAUAACUCCUAUCAUCCGCUGCGCAGGUAACUCGCCGAAGCCGCAGGUGAGUCCUGAAGAUCAUGAUGGUCAAGGAGUCGAGUCCGAGCAUGACGCUGAGAUGGUGCCCGCUGAUCAAGAGCACUGUGUUCCCGAUACUCAACAUGAUCAAC